CCCUCGCGCCGGCGGCGCUGGGCGCCGUUCUCGCCGGUGGCGGGGUGGGCAGACCCGUCGGCUACGCACCCGGGCGGAGCUGGGGCACUCGCCGGCGCGGCGUAGGGUCGCGCAAGGGCUGCCCGCGACGAGCUGCGGCGGCGGCAGGAGAGGCCAGCGCAAGGAGAACACGGCGAGGUCGCCAUGGCUGCCUAGAGGCCGAGCUCCGCCCCCAUCUUCAAUACUCCGUCCACGAGCCAAAUUAAUCCAAUUCCUCACAGGGAUAGCAGCUCCAUGACCUCCUCCAUCGAUCCCCUAACCUAGCCGGCCGAAUCCCCCGCCGAAGAGACGUCGUGCCGUCACGCCAUGAUCCUCUAGAACAACCUACCUCGACCUCUCCGCUCGUUUGACGAGGAACGCAGAGUUGCCGCCGCGGGCGCUGGUGGCCAUGCCGAUGAAUGUCGCCGGCGCGUUCUUCCUCGUCUCGGGCGAGCUCCAGUCACCGUCUACCUGUGCCAAGUGCGUCACCGCGUGUGCCUCAAAUUUCUGAACACUGUGGUAUGCUUCUUGGUCGCCGGUGAUCCUCGUAGUGUGGGAACGCCGCUCUUAGAGGAGGAAGAGGAGCUGCUGCACGCGGUUGGAUUUAGAGAAUCUGUUGGAUUUCAUUGCUCUUUUACUAGCUAUUUUAUUUUACAUAAUAGCUAAACCAGAAUUGUAGCUAUUCAUUUUUAAAAAAGCUGUUGGAGAUGCUCUAACAACCAACACCAACUAUUGGGCAAAUUAAUCCAUACAUAGCAUUUUUGCAGAACCAAUAAGGAUGCUUCAUGGUUCUUCUGCCUAUAUGGAUAAAAGAUAAAAAUGUGAAAUCUAAUUAGUACUAGAAUUAAAAAUGACAUUCUUGUAAAUUUUAAUAAAGUGUCUCGUAGACAAAAGCAGAAGCUGUUAGACCAAUCUCAAUAGGGUGACAUGAGCGUUAAAUUUGCUGAUGUGGUAGAAGAGAGAGAAGGGGAGUGUCACCAUGAUACUUCUUCGGCUCAGUUACCUAGUUUACAAUUUUGGUAACUAUAUGAUGACACUCCGAUUCAGACUGGUUUUAUGGUUAGUGCCUAGUGGCACUGCUAGUCAAUCAGUGCUAAUUCAGUGCAUAAAUAUUUAUGAAUAUUCCCACUAUUUUUUCAGUCAACACACUACACGUGGUUGUUUGAAGCAAAAUUAACAUGUGGUCAUACCUCAUGCAAACUCCACCGCGUAUGGUCACUAUUAGUUCUUCCUAGCUCAUAGAAACUCCAUUCCGCUUAAUUCGCUCUUCACUCACAAAAUUUCACACAUGGUCAUAGAGGUUGUCUUAUCAGAUAAAAGCUUCAUUUCUACAUGUGGUGGUUAAAACGUCUGUCCUCCGUAAGCCCCGCUUGCAUGUCAUAAACAAGAUGCAUGUGGAAAAAAUGAUGAGGGGGCUCAUGGUAAUUACAGUUUCUUUGCGUGUGCCAAACCUUAACCACCGGAAAAGCAACGGAGGAUAGUGGUGGUGCUUUCCGCGCAACCUUCCAUAAUAGCACCCAAAAAUACAAGCAGAAAAGCAAGAAGCGUGAGCACUUCCUUAUCGUCUCCUCCUUUCCUCCCCCGCAACCCCGAUCGAAUCGCUCGAACCAUCCCCAGGUUUGCGCGUCGAUCUAGGUUUGCGAGAGGAUCCAAUUUGAUCCCUCUCCCGUUUGAGCUUGUGAUCCUCGACGGAGUUCUUCGUUAGCCUUUUCCCCCCCGAUUUUUUUCGCUCAUUUGUUCGAGCUUUUCAAGAGCAGAAUAGACAGUUUCGAAUUCCGAUGCACCCAGGUCUCAAGAUCCAAUUGUGAGGACUUUCCCAAGCUCUCCGCGUCGAUCUGCACAAGAAGAUGGGUAACGCGGGUAGCAACGGUGGAGGCGCCGCCCCUGGUCAUCGCCGUCGGAGCUCCGGCCACGGCCACGGCCACCACCACCAGGCGCCUCCUCCUCCCCCGCCGCAGGAGACUGCGCCCAACCGCUACGUGUUCGCGGCGGCCACGCCGUACCCGCCCCAGUACCCUAACCCCAACCCGCCGCAGUACUACCCGCAGUACGGGAACUACUACCCGCCGCCCCCGCCGUCCGUGCCGGUGCCUCUCCCGGCGCCGUACGACCACCACCACAGGCCGCCCACCGCCGCCGGCGGGGAGUUCCCUCCCCCGCCUCCGGCCCACCCCCACCACUACCCUGGUUGGGCUGGGCGGUAUCCCUCCUACGGACCGCAUCUGCCUAUGCCGACGCCCUACGUCGAGCACCAGAAGGCCGUCACUAUCCGCAAUGAUGUCAACCUCAAGAAGGAAACGCUUCGGAUUGAGCCUGAUGAAGAGUGCCCUGGCCGCUUCCUCGUCUCCUUCACCUUUGACGCCACGGUCGCCGGCAGCAUGACUGUUUACUUCUUUGCAAAGGAAGAGCUCAACUGCAAUUUAGCAGCAGUGAAAGAAGACCUUAUUAAGCCAGUUACUGUUAGCUUCAAAGAGGGUCUUGGUCAAAAAUUCAGGCAACCUUCAGGGACAGGAAUCGACUUUUCAGUGUUUGAGGAAUCUGAUUUAUUCAAGCAGGGGGACAUGGAUGUAUAUCCACUUGCUGUUAAAGCUGAAACAGCAUCAGUUGAUCAACCAUUGGAAGGGGAAGACCAAAAGACGAAAACUCCUAACUCACAGAUCACACAGGCUGUGUUUGAGAAGAAAGAAAAUGGGGAGUAUCAAGUACGAGUUGUUUGUCAGAUCCUAUGGGUCAAUGGGACUAGGUAUGAACUGCAGGAAAUAUAUGGAAUAGGGAACUCCAUGGAAGGUGAUGCUGAUGCAAAUGAUCCAGGGAAAGAAUGUGUCAUUUGCCUCUCAGAGCCAAGGGAUACUACUGUUCUCCCUUGUAGGCAUAUGUGCAUGUGCAGUGAGUGCGCCAAGGUCCUACGGUACCAAACCACCCGGUGCCCCAUCUGCAGGCAGCCAGUUGAGCGUCUCCUUGAGAUCAAAGUCAACAACAAAACUGAAGAUCAGCAACAGACGCCCCAAUCACCGCCGCUGCCACCCCCAACCCCGCAGCAGGAAGAGGUGUACCCAUGAUUUUAAAAAAAUAUCAGCGCUCAAACACUUUAUGGGUCUAGUUUGCAGCCUCCGGGCUUUCCCUGAAUGUUGCUCUUCCCAUUUGAGCAACGGGGGAAUGUAAUCGAUACUUUACCUUUAGCAUAUGUAAGCUUCUGGCAUCGCAUGGCUAGGCCCGGUCUCCACUGUAUCUGGACUCUGGAGGUGGGAGACCGAGAUGGUGCCAUGAAGGGUAUGUGUACCAUAUACAUCGUGCAUGCGUGUGCCGUGGCUACCUGAAGAAGUGUAGGGAGGACUCAUGCCAGAUCGGCUUCCCCGUCAGGGAAAGAAAGGGAAGCGAGGGCGGACUCUGAAUUUGUACAAAAUGACUGUAUUUCACCUUGAUGCCAAGUCUUCUUUCUAGUGUUAUGCCUGAAGAAUCAGCGGGUA